AUGAAUAGGAAGUUAUCUGCAUCCUCGCUAAACGACCAAUUGCUAGGAGACGCCAGCAUCUCGUUACAAUCCCAAAGCGGGCAGGAUAUUCCUACAGGUAACCCGGCAGUCAACCAACAGCAAUGCUAUAACGACUGGCAGUUCGGGCUACAGAACCAGUUUCAGGAUAUGCACACAUUCCACCCUUCUUAUAUGUUCAACGCCCCUGAAGUUACGAACGAAUACAACCUCCUUAACGAUUUUCUCAGUACAAGUUUACUAGACGAAUCCGCUAUGUAUCAAGGCGAUGACACGCCCGGAUUGUAUUCCGAUAUGGCGCUUAUGAAUAGUAUGACUAAUAUUCCAGGCUCUGGCCCAUUUAUCUCCCAACAACAACCACUACAGCAGCCGUCAAUGGGCCCUCCUCAAUAUCUCACAACAUCGCAGGCUGCGCAAGGAAAUUCAAUUCAACGGCCAAAUAGUACCGUUGGGAAUGACAAGGCCAAGGAAACAUAUUAUAUGACGGCGGCGGAUCCGUCCGGAACCGAUCCUCCAGAAGAAAGAAUGAACAAACUCCUCAAAGCCAAAUAUGAUGCCGGAUUACUUAAACCGUUCAAUUACGUGAAUGGCUAUGCCAGACUGAAUAAGUAUAUGGAGGAGCAUCUCCAACCUACUUCACGGCAAAAGAUUUUACGUCAACUCGACAAAUUCAGGCCAAAGUUCCGAGAGCGCAUGCAGAGCCUCACAGAUAUCGAACUUGUUCUCGUAGAAAUGUGGUUUGAGCGAAGCCUCAUGGAAUACGACCGAGUUUUUGCAAGCAUGGCCAUCCCAGCUUGUUGUUGGCGUCGUACAGGCCAAAUUUUUCGAGGAAAUAAAGAAAUGGCCCAGCUAAUCGAUGUGCCAAUCGAAUCCUUGAGAGACGGUAAACUUGCCAUCCAUGAAAUUAUAGUGGAAGACCAGCUUGUUAGCUAUUGGGAAAAAUUCGGUGCAAUUGCAUUCGACAGCUCGCAAAAAGCUAUGCUCACUAGCUGCACCCUUAAAAGUCCCGACCCGAAGAGCCCUAAACGCGGUAUACAAUGCUGCUUUUCAUUUACAAUCCGCCGAGAUCCUCAUAAUAUAUAG